AUGGAGAACGAAGACCUGGUAAUCACUGGUUUCUCUGCACGCUUCCCACAAGCCGACAGCUUGGCUGAGUUCAAGGAGAAGCUCUACGCGGGCGUGGACUUUGUGACCGACGAUGAGUCGCGCUGGCCUAGAGGUCAUCUGGGCCUGCCCGAGAGAUUGGGCAAGAUCCGCGACCUGUCACAGUUCGACGCUCAGUUCUUCGGCGUUCACCCGAAGCAGGCGCACCUGAUGGAUCCCCAAAUGCGCCUCCUGCUGGAGACCGCGUACGAGGCCAUCGUGGACGCCGGAUACGACCCCGAGACCUUGCGGGGCCGUAAAAUCGGUGUCUUCAUCGGCUGCUCCGACUCCGAUUCGGACGAGGCGUUCGACGUGGACACGGACAAGAUCGACGGCUACAGCUUGCUCGGCAGCGCGCGGGCGAUGUUCGCCAACAGAAUCUCCUACUCGUUCGACUUCAAAGGCCCCAGUCUGACAAUCGACGCGGCGUGUUCGUCGACGAUGAUGGCGCUGAACCAGGCAAGGCUGGCUCUUCGCUCUGGACAGUGCGACGCGGCCAUCGUGGGAGGAAGCAUGAUUGGCCUGAAGCCCACCACAGCGCUGGGCUUUUACCGGAUGGGCAUUUUGUCUCCAGAUGGCACGUGCAGGUCCUUCGAUGCUCGCGGCAACGGCUUCAUCCGAAGCGAGACCGUGGGCACCUUCUUCCUGCAACGAGCUUCCGAAGCCUUGCGGGUCUAUGCCAAACUUAUCCACGUCAAGGCUAACGCGGACGGCUACAAGAACGAGGGUGUCACCUUCCCAUCGGGAACACAGCAGGAACAGCUUCUUCGGGAGGUGUACGCCGAAGCCCAGGUCGACCCGUGCAAGAUGGCCUACUUCGAAGCCCACGGCACGGGUACCAAGGUCGGAGACCCGCAAGAGCUUGGAGCCAUCAGCAACGUCUUUUGCGGGCCGGGCCGAGACAGGCCACUUCUCGUCGGAGCCAUCAAGAGCAAUGUGGGCCACGCGGAAGCCGCUUCGGGCCUAAGCUCACUAGCGAAGGUCAUCCUGACAAUGGAGACAGGAACCAUCGCGGGAAACCUCCACUACACCACGCCGAACCCGAACAUCCCGUCUCUCCUGGACGGAAGGGUGGAAGUCGUGGCCAAGGCGACUCCAUUUUGCGGAGGUGCUGUCGGCAUCAACUCGUUCGGUUUCGGAGGGUCCAACGUUCACACCAUCCUGAAGCCGAACCCUGGUCCUCACGUGAACGAUGUUCCGCGCGAGAAGCCCGAGCUGCCUAGGCUGGUACUCAUGGCUGGAAGGACAAAAACUCUCUAGAGGAUGGAGGACGAAGGACCGUACCCAGAUUCGGCGUAUGCUCUGCUCAACCGAGUGGGGCAACCAAGCACGAAGCAGUUUCCUUACCGGGGAUUCGCCGUCGUCCCCGUCGACGGCUCCAAGAAGGACGUCGUCAAGGUGUCCCAACAGGCUCCGUUCGAGAAGCGACCCCUGUGGUUUGUCUUCACCGGCACGGGCUGCCAGUGGGACGGCAUGGCCCGCCAGAUGAUGCAGUUCGACGUGUUCGCGCGCUCCAUUCGCAAGUCGCACGAUCUGACGCUCGCGAAUUUCGGCCUGGACCUGAUCGAGGCACUGACCGGGACCGGCGACGAGGAAUUGAAGAAAAGUCGCGCUUGUGUUCUCGCCUGCAUAGCGGCCGUUCAGGUGGCACUGGUCGACAUGCUGAGAGCCAUCGGCGUUCAUCCGGACGGCAUUUUAGGUCACUCAGUUGGUGAGCUCGGCUGCGCCUACGCUGACGGGAGCUUCACCGCAGAGCAGACAGUGCUGUGCGCUUACUGGCGAGGGCACUGCCUCGACGUGGGAAAUUUACCGAGGGGAGCCAUGGCCGCUGUGGGACUCACGUGGGAAGAAGUGGCGAGACGUUGCCGCGAUGGCGUCGUCCCGGCGUGCCACAACGCCGAGGACUCGGUGACCGUGUCCGGUCCGGCCGAGGCCGUGGCCAAGAUGGUGGCCGAGCUCAAGGCCGAAAACGUGUUUGCCCGGGAAGUGGACAGCCUGGACGUGGCCUUCCACAGUCCCUGCAUUCAGAGCAUCGGGCCCCCAUUGAGGAAGCUGCUCAGGAAGGUUGUUCCGGAGCCGAAACCCCGCAGUGAACUGUGGGUGAGCUCGUCAGUGCCGCAGAGUCGCUGGCACGAGCCCGCCGCCAAGCUUUCUUCGGCCGAGUACCACGUGAACAACCUUCUCUCACCGGUGCUCUUCAGCGAGGUGCUGGAGCACGUGCCAAGGGACGCCAUCUUGGUGGAGAUUUCACCACACUGCCUUCUGUUGUCCGUGUUGCGUCGAGCCGUUGGAGAAGGCGCCAGCUACCUAGGUCUGAUGAAGCGGAACGAAGACAAUCCCGCAUUCUUCCUCAACUCGCUCGGCAAAUUGCAUACCCUGGGAGUCCAGCUGGACUUGGCCCCAUUGUACCCGCCGGUGCCGUUCCCCGUGCCUCGUGGCACCCCUAGCAUCUCCCAUCUCGUCAGCUGGGACCACAGCCAAAAGUGGACGGUCGUCAAGUGGAGCGACUUCCACACCUCGGCGCAGACGUCAGAGGAGGUCGUCGAGGUUGACCUGGAGGCCAACGAAGGCGACGCCUACUUGGCCGGUCACCAGCUGGACGGCCGUGUGCUAUUUCCUGCGGCGGGCUACAUGAUGCUGGCCUGGAAGUCUCUGGCCAAACGCUGCGGGAAGCCAUUCCACCAGGUUCCCGUAGUUUUCGAGGACGUCACUUUCCACAGGGCGACCAUCCUGCCGAAGCGUGGUCCCGUGAAGUUUCUGGUCAACGUGAUGCGAGCUUCGGGCGAAUUCGAAGUAUGCGAGGGGGGCGCUUUGGCAGCGAGCGGUCGCAUUCGCAUGGCCGAAGCAGGAGAGAAGCUUCUCGACAAAGAACCGCCGUGCCCGUCAAUUCAGUCGGUGGUCGGUGACCAGCUGGACAGUGAAGACAUCUACAAGGAGUCCAGGCUUCGCGGCCUCGAAUAUUCGGGAAGAUUCCAAGGUGUCAUCGAGGCGAAUCUAAGCGAGAACUGCGGCAAACUCAAGUGGGAGGACAACUGGGUAACCUUCAUCGACAGCAUGAUUCAAUUCGCCAUUCUCGAUGACACCCAGCGGACCGUCAGGUUGCCCACAAGGAUACAAUCAUGCCGCGUCGAUCCUGACGUCCAUACAAAGCUCGUAGAGAAAGUUGGAGAAUCAGGUAUACCGAUAGUGCGCGACCAGUACUUGAACACAUGUCGAGCCGGAGGAGUCGUCCUUCGCGAAGCCAAGACGAGCGUUGCUCCCCGACGCCCAGCGCAGCUGACACCGCGCCUGGAGGAAUACAAGUUCGUGCCAUACGUCGACGACGAGUUCGAUAGACGGGCCCGGGAAUCCGACGUGCGUGAGUACGUGGACGUGUGCAGCGCCAUCACCCGGCGCAUCCUGGAGGCAUGCGGCGACGAAACUGUUCAGGCUCCUUGCGAUGUCACCCAUGGCUACUCCGAAUUGUCCGAAGAUGUGAUGCAGAGGUACAUUGAAACCCCUGCCGAAAAUUACGUCCUCUUGCGCAUCCUUUCCGCCAUUCGGAACGAAGUUGCUGUCUCUACUUCGUGUCUACAUUCCGCAAUCAAAUCGGCGCUGGCUGCGCUUGAAAAAGAUGCGGGCAAGGAUCUGCUUAACAUGGCCCUGUACCGGGAAGAUCCUCUGAGGAGCCUUCUAGACGUCGUGGUGGAGAACACUAGCCCUAAAAGGAUUCGAAUUGUUGAGGUUGUGUCUGAACGAUCGGCAUCCCCCCUGGCACCCUGGGUGGCGUCCUUGUUGAACCUUUCGAACACGCGGCUCAAAAUCGACUACACCGUUGCUCACCCGUGUCCCAACGAGCUCGCCCCUGGUGAUCUACCGGAAGGCGUCAAGGCGGUCACGUGGGACCCGACCUCUUCCUCCAUGGACGGACUUCCCGAGGCUGACCUCAUCGUCGUCGUCCGCGACGUGACUUGCGGCUCCAAUCGCUCACGGGCUCUCGCUGAACAGCUGUCGGCACACUGCAAGGAGCGCGGAUUCGUACUUCUCUCCCAUCGCUCAGCUCUGUCUCCGGCAGAGUCGUUCCUGUCGACCGUCGGCAACGUUUCGUUCGCGCAUCAGACCAGCCAGUUGGUGGCGUCGGAGUUCGGAGCUGAAGGUUUUCGCGUGGUGUGCCUGAAGUCCAACACAUUUUCGACUUUGCUACUGUUACGAAAGGUACCUAACGUCGUCGACAUAACCGGACAGGAAGUCUUCAAAGUUAACAAUGCCAGUUUUGUUUGGGUGGAGACGCUGAAGACAAGAGCUGUCGAGUACGACGGCAAGCCGCCGGGGCAGAACCUGUGGCUGCUCGCGGAGGACGCCGGUCUCAGCGGCAUCGUGGGCCUGACGAAUUGCCUCCGGCUGGAGACAAGUGGAAACCACAUCAGGUGCGUAUUCGACACAAGCUUUAAAGGAUCCAGUAAGAUCGCGGAUUUUGCACCAAAUAACCCGCAGUACAAGGAUGUGCUGCAGAACGAUCUGGUAAUGAACGUGUACUGCGACGGACGGUGGGGUUCCUACAGGCACUUCACCACUUUGCCUUGCGGAGCACCGAAGGCAUCCACGGAGUUCGCUUACUUGGACAUGCAGACACGCGGCGACCUGUCCAGCCUGCAGUGGUACGAGUCUCCGCUGCGUUACGCUUCGCCUUCCAGCCUCGUCGACAAGGUCGUAUGCAGCGUGUACUACGCGCCCCUGAACUUCAAAGAUGUCAUGCUCGCCACUGGAAAGCUUUCACCCGACGUGCUGCCUGGCGACGUGGCUACCUUUAAGUGCCUCCUGGGCCUGGAAUUCUCUGGCCGAGACCCCCAGGGUCGGCGGGUAAUGGGCCUGACGCCGGGACUCGGUAUGGCCACGGCCGUGGCUACGAGCCCGGAGUCGCUGUGGGAGGUGCCGGAGUCCUGGAGUCUCGAGGAGGCCUCGACGGUGCCCGUGGCUUAUGCCACCGUCUACUACGCACUCAUCGUAAAAGGCGGCAUGCGACCAGGAGAGUCGCUGUUGAUUCACUCCGGCAGCGGAGGCGUGGGACAGGCAGCCAUCGCCAUCGCGCUGUCCAUGGGAUGUACCGUGUUCACUACCGUGGGUUCCCGGGAGAAGCGGGAGUUUCUUAUGCGCCGCUUCCCGCAGCUUCAAGAGAGGAACAUCGCAAACUCUCGUGACUUGUCCUUCGAGGAUCACGUGUUGCGGGAAACCAAAGGCAGAGGUGUGGACCUCGUGCUCAACUCGCUCGCCGGAGAGAAGCUGCAGGCCAGCGUGCGCUGCCUGACGACCUACGGCCGCUUCCUGGAGAUCGGCAAGUUCGACAUGUCCAAGAACUCGCCGCUCGGAAUGUCGGUGCUUCUCAAGAGCGCCGUCGUGUACGGCAUUCUGUUGGAGUCGCUGUUCGGCGACAGCCCGCUCGCGGCGGAGGACAAGUGUCGCGUAUGGCAAUUGCUCGGCGAAGGCAUCGCGUCGGGUGUGGUUCGACCGCUGGAAACCGCUCGUUUUGCAAGGGACCGGGCUGAGGAGGCAUUCCGCUUCAUGGCCUCGGGAAAGCACAUUGGAAAGGUCGUGCUUGAGAUCCGUCCGGAGGAGAGCCCACGAAAGACUUCACCAACCUCGCCGCUCACCGUGAAGGUCACUUCUCGGACGCGCUUCUACGAGCACAAGUCCUACGUAAUCACCGGCGGUCUAGGCGGCUGCGGGCUGGAGCUCGCCGACUGGAUGGUGAACCGUGGCUGUCGCAAGCUCUUGCUCACGUCACGGUUCGGUGUGCAGACAGGAUACCAGCGGCUGUGCCUUCGUAGAAUGCGUCGCGCAGGGGCCAAAGUUCUUGUGAGCAAGGACGACGUUUCAACGAUGCAGGGAACCCGGAAUAUCAUCGAAGAGGCCGAGAGACUAGGUCCCGUUGGUGGCAUUUUCAGCCUUGCAGUGGUUCUUUGCGAUGCGAUUCUGGAGAACCAAACGCCCGAAGCAUUCGACACCGUUUACAAGGCGAAGGGGGACGGCACCAGGCACCUGGACGAAGUGUCCCGCGAGUCGUGCCCCGAGCUGGACCACUUCGUCGCCUUCUCUUCCAUUGCUUCGUGCCAUGGCAACAUUGGCCAGACUGGGUACGGCUACGCCAACGCCGUCGUGGACCGCGUUUGCGAGAGGAGAGCUGCUGACGGACUCCCCGGCAUGGCCGUUCAGUGGGGCAUCAUCGGUGACGUCGGUGUAAUGCACAACGUGAAAGGCGGCGAUGUGGACUACGCCGGUUAUGCCCCUCAGCGUAUCAGCUCGUGCCUGGCGGUGCUCGACAUGUUCCUCAACCAGAGGCAUCCCGUCGUCACGAGCUUCGUCAAGUCGGAGAUGUCAUCCGGGUUGGAUGAGAAGAGUCCAAAGGCCCGUGACCUUGUGGAGACCAUCGCCAAUAUAUUUGGUGUGAAGGACACGUCAAGCCUCGACCCGAACACAAGCCUCGGCGAUCUGGGCAUGGACUCACUGAUGGGCGUCGAGGUGCAGCAGACCCUGGAGCGAGACUACGACUUCGUGCUGUCUAUUCCGGAGAUCCGGCAGCUCACCGUCAGCGAGCUUCGAGAGAUGAACAACAGAAGUGAUGGAGGAAGCAAGCAGCAGUCCGGAAGCAGCACCGUGGCGUCACAAAUGACGGACCACGAGCCAGAAUCCACGAAGGCGGCCGAGGUGCCACGGCUGGCAUCCGUUGAGGGCAUGGUCGCCGACAGUGUCGUAGUAGAAAUGAAUGGCUUCAAGGGAUCCUCUGCCUUGUUCUUCAUUCAUUCAAUCCAGGGUCAUGUUAGAAAUCUAUUAGAGAUCGCCAGUCACCUUACCGUGCCCGCCGUCGGAUUGCAGUGGACGCCUGACAUUCCGGUGCGAUCCAUCGAGGAGAUGGCCACUGUUUAUCUGCAGAGGAUCAAAGAAGUUCAGCCCAAAGGCCCCUAUAACCUGGUAGGGUAUUCCUUCGGGGCCACUGUGGCCUUCGAGAUGGCCUUGCAGCUCCAAAGUGCCGGGGAGUCCGUGGGCAGCCUCACCCUCCUAGAUGGCGCUCCCAAGUACGUGUCUGUGCAUUGGAUCCACUACCAGAGACGCCUUGCGGACACCAAGGAGGAAGAAGAGUCUUUACUGCUGUGCGCAUUCCUCAUGCAGUACCUGGAUGUCGACUUCCGUGAGGUCCGCAACCAGUUGAAGCAGUGCCCGAGUCGGGGAGCCAAAGAAGAAGUCGUCGCUGACACCCUCUUCAAGGCGUACCCGAAACUUCGCUCAAGACGACAGGGCGUGGCCACGGCUAUGCGUGCCUUCUGCGAGUUCGUCACCGUCGGUUCCAACUACGAGCCCCGUGCGAAGUUCAAGGGCGAUGCCGUGCUCAUCAAGCCGUCCAGUCCGGGCAAGUCGACGAGGCAAUUGCCAACCGACUAUGGCCUCUCCCAAUGCCUUCACGGAAGAGUCAAGGUCAAGAUUGUCGACGGUGUUCACGAGAACUUCACGUUGGGCCCAGGAGGUCGAGAAUGUGCAGCGAUCAUCAAUCAGCAGAUUAUGGGCUGA